AUAAGCAAAACACAAAACGUUUACAAAUCAACAGUUUGUGCUAAAUUAAUUUGCGUAUGAAGUGUUUGAAUUAAUGAAUAAGCAUGUGUGACAUAGACAGCUUGCAGCAAAGUCAAAGAGAAUUGCUGCAGGAAAUAAAUACAUUGCUUACCAAAACUAACAGUGAGCAAAAUGAAGGAAAUACCUUGUUGUUGAACCAGGAGAUGCAGCGGCGUCUGGAACAGUUGCGCAGGCGUAUGAUAGAGCUGUUGCAGCUAGUGAGGGAACGCUACGCACGCAACGAACAAAUAUUGAUACGCCGACAGUGCAGGCGUGCGGCAAGCUCAACAGAUGGGCCUGCUGCAGCCGACAAUAUAAAUAAAAGCGGCGCAGUGCUGCGCGGAGGUACGUUUCGUUUUAAAGGGAAUCUAUAUUUUCGUGAUGUGGACGGACGCAGCUGUCCAAACAACGAGGAUUAUGAGAAGCGUUGCUAUACUGAGAUGUUUCCCACAGACUUUGAUAUGCGCUCUAAGCAUGUGUGGACAGUGCUGGAUAAACGCAAUGUUGUAAUGGGCAUUAAACAGCAGCUAGUGGAGCAUGCAAGCUUUGGGACUCUUCCCUCUGAUCAGGCACGCAAGCGCAAACGCAUUGCUGCACAUGAGCAAACUAUUUCCAAUUUAUUAGGUGCUGCGGAUAGCAGCUUUAGCAUUGACUGGCAUCAGAUAAGCAGCUUAGAUGUCGACCAUAGGCAUUCACCUUACAGUUGUGAGGCCAUGUGGCUGGUUUAUUUACAGCCGCAACUGAAACGCGACGACUGGAGCCCCGACGAGGAUGAGCAGCUGCUGGCAGCAGCCAGGAAACAUGCGCUUCAAGAUUGGCAGGCAAUUGCCGCAGCAGUGCCUCAGCGCUCGGACUAUCAAUGCUUUGUUCGCAGACAAACAACGCUACGUUUGCAAUUGGAGCCAACAAGCAACUAUAAAUGGGUUCAUGAGGAUAACGAACGCUUACGCAAGGUAGUGCUCCGUAACACAGUUAAUGGCGUCAUCAAUUGGUCGCAGGUUGUAGAGCAUUUUCCAGGCCGAUCCAGAUCAACAUUAAUAGGACGUUAUACGUAUGUGCUUCAUCCAAGCAUAAGUCGUGAGCCUUUUACGCCGAAGGAAGACUUUCAGCUAUUUGCUGCCUAUGAAGAAUACAAUGGCAAAUUCAAUUGCUUUCCGCGCACGUUAUUUCCAAAUCGCUCCUUAGCACAAUUGCGGACACGCUAUCACAAUGUACUGGCACAGAGGAAUAAGACGGAUUGCUGGUCUGUGGAUGAUGAUACCAAAUUAAUGGAUUUUGUUGGAAACCAUGGGCCGCAAUGGGUCAACUGCGCAAAUUUUCUGGGCAAUCAUACACGAACCAGCUGUCGCACACGCUUUCUUGUUAUCAAACGUUUCUUGGAACAGAACUCUCAUGCCACAGUGGCGGAUAUACCACGUCGCAAAUGCCACAAGAACGCGCAGGUAACACCAGAGAACUGGCUGCAGCGCUUAGAAGAAUGGCAAAAGGAUCCUUCAGCCUUGAUAGAUGAAACUGCUUUAAGCAAACGCUCUAACAGGGCAAAGAGACCCAGACGUGAGCCGAUGCAGCAGCGACUUGCACCACUACGUGGCUUGGAGCUGCAAUUUUAUGAGUACUUCAAGUACGCUUAUAAUUUAAAUUUAAAUGUGCCACAAGCAACACCUCUACUGCUGCCUAGCAACACAAACAAUCUGCAAAUGGUAAUGAGAGCUUUGAGCAUUGAAGUGCCUAUCUCAACAGCGGUUAAAAUCGUCAACUGUCCAACGCUGCCUAAGGCACUAAAUCGCUGCUACAAGAAAUUGUUCCGUCAAUUGUCAGUCCACUCAACCUCAGCAGCACCAGCAUUAUUGCUGCCACCCAACUGGUGCACCAUGACGGGUUUCCGUGCCAUUUGCAUACACUCGGUACUCUCUAGCAAGAAGGCACGUGCUGAGAGUACCUUGGACUAUGACGAAUCUCAAGCGGCAGUGCAGUUGUUUAGACAACGCUUGCGCUCUUUGUUUUACCGCACCACAUUGCUUAGUCGCCUGGAAACCUCAAUGUUUGAAGAGCUGCCAGCAGCUUUAAGUGUGGAGUCACGACUUACUGCCAACUAUAACUCAGAAGCACCAGCAACACCAGCACUGGCCAAAGCGGCACAUCCCACAGAUGAGCUGUCGUCUGCUAAACAUUCAAGUCGCAGUUUGGUUGAAGAGCUGGAGUUAGAGCAUCAUAGUCCUAAAUCAGAGCCAACUGAGCUUAUCAAGCAAGAGUUUGGAUAAAGCUUUCACUUUCAUUUUGAUUAAGUUUAGCUUUAA